AUGGCGACUUCGGUCACCUUACCCGAGGCCUUGGAAAUAGCCAUCGCAAAAUUCCGGAAGAUCACCAACAGUCCUGAGGCUCCUGGCUGCGACUUCAAAAACCAGCAGCAGCAGCUCCGCAGAGCCGUGAAUGAAGAGCGUGACGGCAAAGGCCUAGCGGACACGAUCUUUCAGACCCUCGACUGUUUUGUUGAUAUUGCAGGCGUCGCCGCCGACGCUGCAUCAACGGUAUUCCCUGCCGCUUCUGCAUGUGUCUCAGGAAUAUCAUUUUUGCUCAAGACAGUCAAAACGUACCGUCAUCUGAGGCUUGCUAGUAUUCAAGAGGUCAUCGAAGGCCUCUAUAAAAGGCUGAACCUCGUCAAGAAGCUCAGCGUUGCAGCCACGAGAGGCGCCAACCAAAUCAGCGGCGAGCUGAACGAUGAACUCCUUUGCAUCAUUUGCAAGUUCCUUGAGAUCUGCACAAUUUACGCCACAGUCAAGAAAGCGAGAAGCUCUCGGAAUCCCUUGUCACGUUUGAAGUUACUCGCUCGAGCAGCAAUUGGGUCGGACUAUGGCAUCUGCGAAAAAAUCUACGAGAUUGAAAAGUCCACCCAGGAGGCACGGUCUUUACAAAAUGACGAGGCAAAUGAGGCAAUUACUUCUUCCCAAAGCACCCAGGCUCAGGAACGCGAUCGGCAACACAUCAUCGACUUUCUCCCGUGUCAGGAACAGGGGUACUGGAAAACCUGGGUGAACUCGGCGCUUGGCAACUAUCGGCAGGACUUCGUAUCUGAGGCAGCAACAUGGUUAUGUGAACAUGCGGCCUUCAAAAACUGGAGCAAUCCCGGCACUGAUACACGCACUCCGGUCCUGGUCAUCCAAUCGCCCACAGAUGGGUCGGUGGGCACAAAUCAGCUGGACCAGGAGGCCCUCAGCUUCGCGAUGCAGUAA